UUUAAUAUUAAAAUAUUGUUACUUUUAUUCCUCAUUCUACCGAAACUAUAUUAUCGCAAAAAUAAAAGACUUUUAUUCUGCCUUGCGCAUGCGCGUGACUGAGAGCGUCUCGGGGUAAUGGCUUUAGAAUCGGCGACCUCUAACGGUACAACUGACGAAAACCAUCCAGAAGAAAGCGACGGGCGGAAAAAAGGAUGGUUAUUUAAGAAAACUCACUACACCAAGCGCUGGAAAAUGAUGUGGUUUCAUAUCAGAGAUGCACAGCUUGUCUAUGGUUUUAAUGAAAAGUCGGCAGAAAAGGCCAUUAAUCUGGUUGGAGCAAAGGUGGAGAUGCUGGAGGGUGAUGGGAAGCUUGGCUGGACCGUCACACCGAAGCACAGCACGCGCAGCUUCAUGCUGCAGGCCAGCACCGCAGAGGAGCAGCAGGCCUGGAUGAGCGCCAUAUGUGAGGCUCAGCUGAGCUCCGAGCAGCACAGCUCCAAUGCAUGUGUUCUGCAGUAACUAGAGAGAGUUUAUAGUUUUCUACACAAGAUUGUGUUUACUUUACGUUAUUUUAAAACAUGAUUUAUGUAAGACAUUUUUGAGAACAUCGUUUCCUACACAGUUCUACUUCUUUAAAAAAAAGUCAAAUUUGUUACUGUAUAUGUUUUAAUAAAGCACAUUGAUAGUU